CAUUCAAAUCAACUACUCCUACUCAAUUAAGCCAUGGCAAAGCUUCUCCAAACCCUAGUUCCUCUCCUCUCCUCCAUCGUUCUCCUCCUCGCCGCUGCCAACACGGUGCGGUCCCAAUCGACGUCCUUCACCUACGACUUCUGGGGCAUCCAGCCGAGCGAUCUCAUCUAUCAAGGCGACGCCCAUUUCCCGUCGGACUCCACCUUCCUCCGCCUCACCGACGCACAGUCCUCACAAGUCGGUCGGGUCUUGCAUUCGAACCCGGUCCAGUUCUCCCAAGCCGGCGGCCAAGUCGACUUUGAAACCACUGUAAACUUCAUCAUCACACCCGGCCCCGACAACACCCCUGCCGACGGCCUCACCUUCUUCAUCGCCCUCGGCUCCACCAUCCCUUCUGCCUCCAACGGAGCCAACCUCGGAAUCUUUGACUCCACCGGCAACAGUGCCUCGGUCUUCGCCGUCGAAAUCGACACCUACUCCAACGGCGCGUGGGAUCCGCUCUAUCCCCACAUCGGCAUCGACAUCGGAUCUCGGAUAUCCAGCAACACGACAGAGGUCGAUAGCACCAUACUCGGGCAGCAGGUGACUGUGCUGAUCAACUACAACGGAGCCACGAAGAUGAUCGUCGUCCGUGUCACCGCCGGCUCGAAGACGUUUGAGGUCACCUAUGAGUACAAUUUGGCCCUCUUUCUUUCUGAGCAGGUUCAGGUUGGACUCUCCGCCUCCACCGGACUACACGUCGCUGCCCACGACAUCGUCGCGUGGUAUUUCACGGCCACUAUGGUGCAGACAAAUGCCGCCGCGCGGAGCAGGAAGGAGCUGGCCGGCAACAUUAUUCGUCAAUUUGUGUAAUUUUGUGAUGUGUGCCUGUGUGUCGUAAAUCAAUAACGACUUAGCGAUCGAGUCUACUCUCGUUAAGUCUACCAAUAAGAUCAUCGACCAUCUCUAUGUACGG